CUCCCCCUCUUUGUCUUCCACUCCAACUCCAUCACUCUCUCUCUCAAUCCUAAUUAUUACACACUUAAUAACCUUUUAAUUAUCAUUUCAAAAUGAAAAAAGAUGGUAUUUUUCUUCUUAUGAUGGGGUUCUGUACACAGUAGCUUUUCUUCUAAUAGCAAUAAACCCCUUAUUUAUACUGACCGGAGUAAUGUAAACCCUUGGCUUUCUUGACCCAGUCCCUCUACUUCACUGCUUUUGAAAAAGAAUUAGUUUUUGUAAUACAAAAGAGAGGAAAAGAUAGAUAACCCAUAAUCAUAAAUCUUGUUUUCAUCUUGAUUCUUGAAUAUCCGAUUUACGGCGGCAAUGGAGGACCAGAAGUUCCGGGUUUUGAGACGCCCUUCUGAACUUCCGGCGGGUAUGUCGUCUCCGACGGAUGAUUUGUUUUCGCUUGAGUCGGAAAUUUCUGGGCUCAGCAUUUCACCCGGAUUUGACGGAGCCCGCCGCCGGGUUUACCGCGAGACUACGCCGUUGCCAGCCUUUCCGGGUAGUUCUUCAUGGGGCGGUUCUGACCUGGCGGCGGGGUGGGGAUUUGAUCCUCAGCCCGUGACGGCGCAUCAGGCUCCGGGUUCAUCGGCGGCGCGGAUGGUGGGCCAGAACGACUACGGCGACCUGUUGGGCUACGGUGGAGCCCAUCAGGAUUUUAGUGCGGGCCCGGAUUGGAGUUGGGCCAAGCUUAGCACUGACCCUAAUCUCAAUGCCGCCGCCGCCGCCCAUUCGUGGCCGCGUUUCUGCGGCGGAGAAGAGUCAUACAGGUUCGAAAAUGGCGGGAUGUUUGACCCUUUCUUGCUCUGCAAGAAACCCCAGCACAGUACCCACAACCCCAAACUCCAGCUCCUCAAUACUUCUACCGGAAACCCCAUUUCUAACCUUUCCAUUCCGAGAAAUCCUGAAAUCCAGCUAUGGAACCCAAAGCUGGCAAGACUGAAUGUGGACGAGAUCCGAGGGAAGAUACUCGCUUUAGCAAGUGACCCAGUGGGUUGCAGGACCUUACAACACAACCUAAACUUCUGGACAAAGGAAGAAAUCGAGGUUAUCUUGGGUGAGCUUUUGGAUAUCGCGGGUUAUCUGAUCAAGAACCCUUCCGGCAGUUACCUGAUUCAAAAGCUUUUCUCGACUUGCUCCCAAGAACAGAGACUUCGGAUCAUAUUGACUCUGACGGAGACGCCAUUUGAGCUGAUCUACAUUUGCCUGAAUUCUAUUGGGGCUCGGGCUAUGCAGAAGAUGAUGGAAGAGAUGAGUUCAGCACAGGAAAGGUCCAUAGUGAUGAAUGCUUUACGUCCGGGCGCUGUGAGGUUGGCCUGUGACACAUAUGGCCACCUUGUCAUUUCAUAUUGCCUCACUAACUUUUCUUUCGAAUUCAACGAGGGCAUAAUCAAGGAAAUUACUGACAAAUGCUUCCAAGUGGCAACCCACAUUAGAGGGUGCCGAAUGCUGCAAUUAUGCGUGGAGAAUGCUCGUGGAGAGGCUAGAAACCGUCUGGUAUUUGAGAUUUUAGCUAAUGCUGCCAUGCUCUCAGAAGAUCCCUAUGGCAACUAUGUGGUCCAGCAUCUUUUAGAGCAGAACAUACCCAAAGUUGAAGAUUCACUUUUCAGAGUUCUUGAAGGGAGGUUUGCACCCCUUUGCUGCAACAAAUAUUCCAGCAAUGUGGUUGAGAAGUUCUUUCUCAAAUAUGGAGAAAACUCUGCUAAAAUUUUAAGGGAAUUGAUCCAAAGCCCAAUGGCCCCUAGGCUUCUUGUGGAUCCCUUUGCUAACUAUGUCAUCCAGAAAGCACUCAAUGUCGCAACUGUAAGUUCUUUCAUUCUUUCUGACCCACCUCUAGCUUAGCUUGUUCUUGAACAACAUGGUGAUCAUAAGAUUCAUUAGGCAUCAUUUGGAUAAGCAAGUAUUAACUUGUUAACUUGUAACCAUUAAUCAUGGGAAAACUGUUACAAAUUAUAACAUGAAGUCAUGAACACCUGUUUUAGCAUACUUUUUUUUAUUCUCAAUAAAAUUUGUAAAUAUACAAAAAUGGAAAUAACAAUGGUCAAAUUUGAAUAUUGAAAAUCAUAAAUGUGAAGCAUGAACUUUAAAUAGGGAUAGAAACAGUACUCCCUCCGUCCCAGAAUUAACUUCGGUUUUUACUGGGCACGGGGAUUGAGAUAGUGGGAAAUUUGUGGUGGAGAUUUGUGCAGAGGAGAGAGAAAUGUGUAAGAAUGGUAGUGAACCAGAAAUUAUUUGCCAAAAAGGAAAAGAGAAGAUAAAUUUGGGACGGACCGAAAAAGAAAGAAUGAAAAUAAUUUCGGGACAGAGGGAGUAUUACUGUAUUAGCAAAUGUUUUUUGUACAAACAAACUUCUGCAAAUCAAACCAAAUAACGAUUACCAAACAGGCCUUUAAUAACAUAGGUAUUUAUGGUUCACCCGCACGGGUAGCACAUUUAGUUGAGGAUGGGAAUGUUGAAACAUUGACCAAGGAUCAAAACUUACAGCUACCGUGUGGAUGUUACCACCCCUGUAUGCUGGGUAGGACCUCUAGUGCGCAUAAAAGGACUACCACAAUUUGACCGAUUGAGUCAUCGUGACUUGCAUCUCCCAAAUGUUAGGUCAAGGUGUGGGGCCCUUAUGGUUGGGGAUUCAACCUUUUGGAACAUACAGUUACUUAUGAUUUUAUGUUGUAUAAAACUAUAAAUGCAGGGGCAUUGGUCAGUUGCACUUAUGGAUCUAAUCAGAAUGAAUGCUUCAACCAUGCAAAGUACUAAGCAUGGGAGAAAGAUCCUUUCUUGGAUUGACAGUAGGAAAGUCCAUUCUUUAUACAUGUGAUGUGACUUACCUGUCUGUACCCUUGCCUUUUGGUUUACUACUAUCUGUUGUUUGUUUGUGUUUUUUUUGCGUCUAUAGGAAAAUGCAUGGAGAAAGGGGGCGUGCAAAACCGUCAUAAAAUUUGUUUUGCUUAGAUUGUAACACGUACUGUUAAUUAACGUUCGAGAUCCUCCGGCCUAUAUGUCUCUGUUGUUUUUACAGUAUAUAUAGAUACUGUAUUACUGUAUUUAUACGGCCUGUAAUAGAAGUAUCUCUAAUGUCUUUUGUAAAACUUACCUUACCAACCAUUUAUUGCUGUUUAUUUUUACUCGCUUCUGAAAGGGAGUAAAGGAGAAGAUGACUGAGCUGAAAUGUUGAAAACUGAAAGUUGAGAUCUAUCAGUCUAUCACGUAGUAACUGUAAAGGAGUACGGAGUAUUAAAUUUCUAAUGAAAAUUAUUACUGUACCACCGUGUAAUACUGCGGUUACUUAGCUUAUUCGGUACUAAGCUUCAACAGAAUCCAUCAAAUUUUUUAUUUGAAUGUAAUACUGCGGUUACUUAGCUUAUCCGGAAUUACAUUAAAUGUUACUUGUAAUUACGAUAUUUACAAAAGACCAACAAUAAUGUGAAUGUACA